AUGGGGAAAGGAGGAAACUCUGCGACGGUGACGGCUUCGGAGGUGGAUGAGCUACGGCGGAAGAACGGGGAGAUGGAAAAAGUGGUGGAGGAAAUGAAGAAAGAGAUGUUGCAGCUGUGGCGGCGGACGCAGGUGGCGGAGGAGGCCGAGGAGCGUCUCUGCUCUCAGCUCGCCGAGCUUGAAGCCGAAUCUUUAGACGAGGCGCGUGAUUACCAUUCUCGCAUCAUUUUCCUCGUGAACGAACUCUCUCGUGUCUCUUCUUCCUCUUCCUCCUCCUUUUCCUCCGACUUGGCCUCACCGUAG